AUGAUGUUACCAAGCCCGGUCACCUCCACCCCUUUCUCAGUCAAAGACAUUCUGAAUCUGGAGCAGCAGCAGCAGCUCUUCCACGGCGCGCACUUGCAGGCGGACUCGGAGCACCGCUUCCACUCGGCUCCCUGCAUGCUGGCCGCAGCCGAGGGGGCGCAGUUUUCUGACGGAGGGGAGGAGGACGAGGAAGAAGACGGAGAGAAACUGUCCUAUUUGAACUCACUAACCGCGGUCGACGGCCACGGGGAUUCAGGGCUCUGUCCCCAGAGCUAUGUCCAUACGGUCCUGCGCGACUCGUGCAGCGGGCCCAAGGAACACGAAGAGGAGCCCGAGGUCGUGAGGGACCGGAGCCAAAAAAACUGCCAGCUGAACAAGUCCCUGGAGGCGGCAGGAGACAGCAAGGCGGCGGAGGAGAGCGAGAGGCCGAAGCCGCGCAGCCGCCGGAAGCCCCGGGUCCUCUUCUCGCAAGCCCAGGUCUUCGAGCUGGAACGCAGGUUCAAGCAGCAGCGGUACCUGUCUGCGCCCGAGCGCGAGCACCUCGCCAGCAGCCUGAAGCUCACGUCCACGCAGGUGAAGAUCUGGUUCCAGAAUCGCAGGUACAAGUGCAAGAGACAGCGGCAGGACAAGUCCCUGGAGCUGGGCGCGCACGCGCCCCCUCCGCCGCCGCGCCGCGUGGCCGUGCCGGUGCUGGUGCGGGACGGCAAGCCGUGCGUCACGCCCGGCGCGCAGCCCUCCUGCAGCGCGGCCGGAGGCGGCCCCUUUGUGAACGUGAGCAACCUGGGCGGCUUCGGCGGCGGCGGCGGAGCGCAGCCGCUGCACCAGGGCGCCCCGGCGGGACCCGCGUGCGCACAGGGCACCCUGCAGGGCAUCCGGGCCUGGUAG